UUCCCGCUCGCCCACAAGCCAUUAUUUUUCGAGUUUCAUCCGCAGCCACAGUGCAAAAUAGGUUUAUCAAUUUAAUUUAAGUGUUAAAGUAGUUGUAAAGUGUUUUUUAAGUUGCGCACGCGAUCGCAGCCACCCCGCAUGGAUGCGAAUUCUAUGGUGCAUGUGCCCGCCGAUCGAUUGGAGUUUAAAGCAUUGAGUUGAUGUGAUUUUCCCGUGACAUUUUUUUCUUUUGCGUACAAAAAUCGUUUUGGGAACGCAAGAAGGUGAAGCUGCGGUCGCUGGUCUAAUCGGGAGUCCUAAAGGUUACUGCUCGAAACAUGCAGCACAACGUUCAUGCCGCCCGGCCAGCGCCCCACAUCCGAGCUGCCCACCAUCACAGCCACAGUCACAGCCACGCCCACAUGCAUCUGCACCCCGGCAUGGAGCAGCACCUGGCCCCCAGCCUGCAGCAGCAGCCGCCACAGCAGCCGCCACAUCGCGACCAUCUCCAUGCACGUCUGAAUCAUCACCAUCUCCACGCUCAGCAGCAACAGCAGUCGCCGUCGAACCAAGCCGCCGCCGCCGCCGCCGUCGCUGCGGCUGGGGCUGCCUAUCACCACGGCAACAUCAACAGCAACAGCAGCAGCAACAUUGCCAGCAACAGCAACCAGAUGCAGAAGAUCCGCCAGCAGCAUCAACACUUGAGCAACAGCAACGGCCUACUUGGUAACCAGCCUCCCGGUCCGCCGCCACAGGCCUUCAAUCCGGCUGCUCUUGCCUACAACCAGCUGCCCCCGCAUCCGCCGCACCACAUGGCCGCCCAUCUGGGCAGCUAUGCCGCUCCACCGCCCCACUAUUACAUGAGCCAGGCGAAGCCCUCGAAGUACAACCACUACGGCAGCAAUGCCAACAGCAACAACGCCAACAAUAACAACAGCAGCAACUAUGCCCCCAAGGCCAUUCUGCAGAAUACGUAUAGGAACCAGAAGGUGGUGGUUCCGGCAGUGGUGCAAGAAGUCACCACGGUGGCAGAACCGCCAGUCACAGCCACUUCCUCCUCCUCCACCAACAAUAACACCACCAGCAACAUCAGCAACAAUACAGUCAAAGCAAGCGAGACCGUUAGCCAAGAGGAAGCUUCUCAGGAACAGGAGUCCACAGAGGAGCCAGCUCCUUCGGCUGACGACUGCAGCAGCACGGAGCACAUCGAUGCCUCGGGCACACUGCCCAACGAGGACACCAGCAGCUCAGGUCGUGGUGGCAAGGACAAGACACCCAUGUGCCUGGUCAAUGAGCUGGCCAGGUACAACAAGAUCACACAUCAAUAUCGGUUAACUGGCGAACGAGGACCUGCCCACUGUAAGACCUUCACGGUGACCCUGAUGCUGGGCGAUGAGGAGUACUCGGCGGACGGGUUCAAGAUCAAGAAGGCGCAGCAUUUGGCCGCUAGCAAGGCCAUCGAGGAUACGACGUACAAGCAUCCGCCGCCGAAGAUCCGGCGCAGCGAAGAGGGCGGCCCCAUGCGCACCCACAUUACGCCGACGGUGGAGCUGAAUGCCCUGGCCAUGAAGUUGGGACAGCGCACCUUCUACCUGCUGGACCCUACACAGAUUCCUCCCGCGGAUUCCAUGGUGCCGCCAGAGUUCGGAGGAGCUCAUUUACUUACUGCCCCAGGACCUGGCAUGCCGCCACAACCCCCGCCACCCGCUUAUGCCCUGCGGCAGAGACUUGGCAACGGAUUUGUGCCCAUUCCAACGCCGCCGAUGCAUCCGCAUUUCUUUCAUGCGCCUGGCCAGCGACCGUUUCCUCCGAAGUUCCCUUCGCGCUUUGCGCUGCCACCGCCUCUCGGACCUCAUGUGCAUCACGGACCGAAUGGACCCUUUCCACCUGUUCCAACACCGCCCAGCAAAAUCACCCUGUUCGUAGGGAAACAGAAGUUUGUGGGUAUCGGACGCACAUUGCAACAGGCCAAGCAUGAUGCGGCGGCCAGGGCGUUACAAGUGCUCAAGACGCAAGCCAUUUCCGCUUCCGAGGAGGCUCUCGAGGAUUCGAUGGAUGAGGGCGACAAGAAGUCGCCCAUCUCGCAGGUGCACGAGAUCGGUAUCAAGCGCAACAUGACCGUGCAUUUCAAGGUGCUACGCGAGGAGGGACCGGCGCAUAUGAAGAACUUCAUCACGGCCUGCAUUGUGGGAUCCAUUGUCACCGAGGGUGAGGGCAAUGGCAAGAAGGUCUCCAAGAAGCGAGCUGCUGAGAAGAUGCUCAUCGAGUUACAGAAGCUGCCGCCCCUCACGCCCACAAAACAGACGCCCCUGAAGAGGAUUAAGGUAAAGACUCCCGGUAAACCAGGGGCAACGCCACGAGAUGGAUCUGUUGUGCCGUGCAGCGAAGGUGCCAUGCAAACGGGCAAGCCGGAGAGACGCAAGCGCCUUAAUCCGCCAAAGGACAAGCUGGUGGAUCUGGACGAUGCGGAUAACCCCAUCACAAAGUUAAUUCAACUGCAGCAGACGCGCAAGGAGAAGGAGCCCAUCUUUGAGCUGAUAGCCAAGAAUGGUAAUGAAACCGCUCGGCGAAGGGAGUUCGUUAUGGAGGUCUCUGCCAGCGGAAGCACAGCCCGUGGAACAGGCAACAGCAAGAAGCUGGCCAAGCGGAAUGCGGCGCAGGCUCUUUUCGAAUUGCUGGAAGCUGUUGAGUUCACCCCCAGCAACGAAACCCAGUCAUCAGAAGAGGGCAGCACUUCAGCAACCAUGUCUGUGGUCACAGCGCCCGCAGUUGAGGCAACAGCAGAAGGCAAAGUGCCCAUGGUAUCAACGCCAGCGGGACCCAUGCCGGGCAUUUUAAUACUCCGCCAGAACAAGAAACCCGCGAAAAAGAGAGAUCAAGUUGUGGUUGUGAAAGCCAAUGUGGAGUCCAAGGAGGAGGAGGCCCAUAAGGAGGUAGCUGUUGCAGCUGAGGAGAACAGCAGCACCAAUAGCAACUCUGGCGACAACAGCAGCAGCAGCGAUUCCCAGGCCACCGAGGUGGCCAGUGAGAGCGCACUGAAUACCUCCACCGGCAGCAAUACAAGUGGUGUCAGCAGCAACAGCAGCAAUGUGUGUGGCAACACAGAACCCAGCAACAGCAACACCGCCGACAGCAGCAGCAGCAACACCGGCAACGGUAGCAACAACACCGAAAGCAGCAGCAACAGUGCGAGCAACACACAAAGUGCUGGAGUCCACAUGAAAGAGCAGCUACUAUAUCUUAGUAAAUUGUUGGACUUUGAGGUCCACUUCUCGGACUAUCCCAAGGGCAACCACAAGGAGUUCCUGACCAUUGUGACGCUCUCCACGAAUCCCCCGCAGAUCUGCCAUGGCGUUGGCAAGAGCUCCGAGGAGUCGCAGAACGAUGCGGCUAGCAAUGCAUUGAAAAUCCUCAGCAAACUGGGGCUCAACAAUGCCAUGAAAUACGCAUAGAACCGUUUAAAAAUUCCUUAGAAAGCCCCUAUUAACUGCAAUUUUUGUUGUUGCACAUAUGCAAGAUAAAAAACAAUUAAAAUACCCGUCCACAAAGCCAACCUAAACAAAAUCCAAAAGCCAAGCUGUGUGCAAAUUCAAAAAAAGAAGCAAAAAAAGAGAAAUGUAAGAAGCAAUGCAAAAACAGUACUUUUUGAAAUAGCAAAUUAUUAGUUAAUACCUAUUUAUUUAUUUAUGUGCAAGUUGUGCAACCUGGUGUUAUUAUUUUAUUUAUUUGUUGAGAAUUGAUUAACGAAUCGAACUGAUUGUAACCGAAAUUGAACAGAAGCGUACACUGAACAGAGCCGCAACAUUGUUAAUCCAAAUCGAGAAUCGAACAAUAACUAGACUUAAUGAGAACCCAACAUAAUGAACACGAAUGAACAGAUGCAAAUGUUUGCAGUGUCUAAACUUAAGAUUAAAGCUGAAGUUGAAAGCUCAAUAACCACUUGAAUUGAAUUGAUGAACAAAGGACUAUUGAUACCUCUUAGCUGCAUGCGGCAAUCGCUUUCAAAAAUAAAUACAAAAUUUCUGAGCACCUCAGUGGUGCAGGACAAAAUUAGAAGGAUAUCCACAUUCACGGAUAAACCCGGGUCGUCAUAAAGGAGAAAAUGAGAAAAUUUUUGAUUUAUUUUUCAAAGCAAGACAACCAUUAACCGCUUGUGGUCAUAUGCUUGAUGAAACUCGUCGAAUAAUGAAUCUAUUAUACGUAUACUACAUUUAAGUGUUAAGCAUAAGCAUCUGCGAACGUCGAAAAGUCGUUUACACCAUGGAUGGUCGAUUUCCCAAACUUUCAGCAAGUAUUUCAAUUUGACAAACGACAAGGAGUUUGCAAAUUGAACGCAAGGUUUGCUGGAUUUUGGAGAUUGACAGGAUAUGGCCAAGAGGCGUCGUCACGUCGAAGAACAUACAAUAUAAAAUACAAUUUACAUAAUCGUUAUAAUUAUAUUUAUGAAUGUUUAAUAAGCCAUUUUUGUAAAUGUUCAGCUUUUGGGCCAGUGUGUGCAAGCUGAAAGCUAAAAGCUGAACAUCCUUAUGAAUAAUGAAUCGUGUUGUUUAAUCUGUCAUGUUUUGUCCCCAUAUAUCUUGCUUGUUUUUGAAUCCGUUUUAUUUUAGUUAUGUUUAUCCUGUCGCCCAUUACACACACCAUUUGAAAUUUCGAGUACAAUAGUUUUAAAUACUCUUGCCCCAAACAGCACCAGUUGAUUAAGCGUUAAGUUGCGUUAUGUAAAAUGUAUUUUGUCUAAGCAAUCGCGUCGGCCACAAUGUGCAUGAUUGCUUCGCGAUUUGCUAUCCUAACCUAAGCUUAAGCCCCAGCGAACUGUAACCGUUGAAAUUGAAGUCAAACCCAGUAUUAAAUGUAUAGAUAAGGGCAGCUAUCAGUAACCCCCAUAAUUACUAGACUCACCAGAUAUAUCGUGCACAUUGUUUGCGCCACACAAAUUGUUCAUUUUGUCAGAAGAUUUUGCAGACCCAAAAUACGAUGCGAUCAUGAUCGUAAUAAGCAUGUGAAUUGUGGGUGUGGAGCGGUGUCAGCUUUGCAAAAUCUUCACAAAACUGAUUGAAAUUAUUAAUCUUAAUGUGAGAUGUAUAAUCGCAGUAACAACAAAGCGUGAAGAUCUGUUCAUUAACACCAAAUAAAGGCAUACGAGUCAAGAUGAGAGAACACAUUUAUUAGUCUUAAGCCUACCCCACACACUCACUAAGUUUUGUCUAUCUGUAAUGUGACACUUAAGCAUGUUAUAUCAUAAAAACCAUAAAGAACCCUCAAUGAAACUAUGUAAAAUGUAAUUAUACCAAUAAAAAGUGAAAUAAAGUUGGAA